AUGGUGAUUAUAAUUGAACCCAAAGCAUUGUCAAAGUUAGCCAUCGAAACCAUCAGAUUUGCCCUCGAGUUUACCAAAGGCAUAACCGGUCCUGUUUCUAACGGUCUCGAAGAAAGCUUUGCCAACUCAUCCGGCAGGGGUCCGUUUCUCUUUGUUUCUGGAGUUGGAACUAAGAUAUAUAUANGAGGGUUUUCACAACUGUUUCCGUGUUUUAGCCCGGCGGUGAACCGGGGUGAACCGGAGGUGAUCUUCACCGGGAGUGAACCGCUUGAUGAAACCCUCGGCCAUUCCUUCUGUUAUGUGAGGUCAUCCGCUCGGUUUAUCUCUCCCACUCACUCAGAUCGAUUUGUUUCGCCUUCUCACUCGUUACGCUUUGAUGAACCGGCUCCUCCUCCUCUUCCGAGGCCUAGACCACCCGGUGCAACUGAAACCGGUUUUCGUGCCAUUUCUGGGGCUUCCGUCAGUGCCAACACUUCUACUCCUAGAACUGUCCUUCAACUUGACAAUUUUUACGACGAUGCCCCUGGCACUGAUAGUCUUGUGGGUUUUAAUAUUGUUAGGGGCAGUGUUGUAAAUGGUUUCGAGAGUACGUCGUCGUUUAGUGCUUUGCCGCUUCAACCGGUGCCUCGAGGCGGAGUCGGCCCCGAGCCGUCCGGUCCAAUGGAGAGGGCUUUUUUCAUGUCCGGUCCGAUCGAGCGUGGAGCACUGUCCGGUCCACUUGACGCUACCGCCGGCUCAGACGGCGGCGGAGGUAACCAAAUACCCUUCUCUGCUCCACUGGGUGGCGUUUAUGUAAAAAAGAAGAGGAAGAAGGGCAUUUCGGGAAUUAGAAAAGCCUUCUACAGGAAUUUCUCGGAGAAGAAACGGCCGUGGGUUGUGCCGGUGAGGAAUUUCAGAAAGGACAUUCCGGCCGCGGCAGCAGCAGAGUGUACACGUGAUUCGGAUAUGGGUAGCAGUGAAUCCAAUGUCCAAUGGGCUCUAGGUAAAGCGGGGGAGGAUCGUGUGCAUGUGGUUGUAUCGGAAGAGCAUGGCUGGCUAUUUGUUGGGAUAUAUGAUGGGUUUAAUGGCCCUGAUGCCCCUGAGUUCUUGAUGAGUAAUCUUUACAAAGCUAUGUACAAAGAAUUAGAGGGUUUGUUUUGGGACAGUGAUGAUACCAGUAACAACCCACAAGGGGCAGGAACUCUAAGUUCUGAAAAUGAAGUGAUUGCUGAGAAUUCGAGCAUACCCAAUUCGAAUCCAGCACCUGAGGCAACUAUUAUAGAGGUUGGUGGAGUAGAAGACGGUGAGAAUGAGGUGGAUAGAGGGCAGUCAAAGAAGGUGAUGUUUCAAUCAGGGGAGAUAGAAGUUAGGAGGAGGAGAUUGUGGGAAUUUUUAGCAGAAGAGGAAACAGAAGAUGGGCUUGAUCUUUCAGGUUCAGAUAGAUUUGCAUUUUCAGUAGAUGAUGCAUUAAGUGUAAAUAAUGCAGGUUCAGCAGUUAAUAGGAGGUCGUUGCUGUUGUCCAAGUUGAAACAUGGAUUGUUAAGUAAGCAUAAAGAGAGUAAGAAAUUGUUCCCAUGGAAAUUUGGAUUGGAAGCUAAGGAGAAAGUCGAAGUGGAGGAGGAGAAUAAAGUUGAGGAGGAAACGACUAGUAGAAGCGAGAGGAGGAGAAAGGCAGGUCCGGUUGAUCAUGAUUUGGUUUUGAGGGCAAUGUCCAGGGCUCUUGAAGUUACUGAGCUGGCGUAUUUGGAUAUGACAGAUAAAGUUCUUGAUCGAUAUCCGGAGCUUGCACUAAUGGGUUCUUGUUUGUUGGUUGCUUUAAUGAGAGAUGAAGAUGUGUAUGUAAUGAAUGUAGGAGAUAGUCGUGCUAUUGUGGCACAAUAUGAGCUUGACGAGGUUAGUUCUGCUUCAGAACCCAAAGGUCGGUGUAAUGGCGGGUCGACUAUUGAGGGAAUUGUUGAAGAAUCCACAAGUGCCUGCAAUGAGGAGACUAAGGUGACAAACGAGGCACCUGUUCAGGCUAUGAAGCUGACUGCAUUGCAAUUAUCCACUGAUCAUAGUACUAGUAUUGAAGAAGAAAUUAUUAGAAUUAAGAGUGAGCACCCAGAUGACAGCAAUUGCAUUGUUAAUGAUAGAGUAAAAGGUCGUCUGAAGGUCACUCGUGCUUUCGGUGCAGGCUUCCUCAAACAGCCUAAAUUCAACGAUGCAUUGCUAGAAAUGUUUCGGAAUGUGUACAUUGGCCAUGCUCCUUACAUAUCUUGUACACCUUCGUUGCGUCACCAUAGACUCUGUCCAGGUGAUCAGUUUUUGGUUCUCUCCUCUGAUGGCCUAUACCAAUACUUGAGCAAUGAGGAAGUGGUCUCUCUUGUUGAGAAUUUCAUGGAGAAAUUUCCAGAUGGGGAUCCUGCUCAACACCUGAUUGAGGAGCUUUUGUUCCGUGCAGCCAAGAAAGCUGGAAUGGAUUUUCACGAAUUGCUGGAUAUCCCUCAAGGAGACCGCAGGAAGUACCAUGACGAUGUUACUGUUAUGGUGAUAUCUCUUGAAGGAAGAAUUUGGAAGUCGUCAGGCAAAUACCUCUGAGUUUUUACAACUGCUGGCAUCUGUGCCAGAAUUGUUAUCCAUGUAUAGUGUGCUGCUGCAAUUUUGAUCUUUUUGAGUUGAGAUCUUGGGAACAGCCACGAAGCUGGAUUUUUGGGCGUUUUGCGGAUCGUUUGAAGUCAACAUAAGCACAGUGGUCUGCUUAUCCUCUUGACAAACAGCCAAAAAUAGUGCAAGAUAUUGGGGAAGGCUCAGUGGGCGUUUACUUCACUGAAAGUAGAACUUCUGUAGUUGGGACUGCUCUCCUAAAAAGAAAGAAACAGGAUCAUUUCAUUUAUUUCCUUUUUAGAUUUUGCAUAGAGGGUACUUUCAUUCAUUCAAUUUCGUUCUUUCUUUUCUUUUUUCUUUUUCUUUUUUGUGUCCCUCCUCAUCUCUACUUUUUAGAGCCAAAGUGCUUGUAAUCAGGUUGGUGGCUUAGUCACAGAGCUUUAGGCGAGAAUCUGUAUUUUGGAGGUGGAUUUCCACCAAUGCAGUUUACAGAAGAGAGAAUUGUUGUUCA